GUAGGAAAGAGAUUCAAACAUCUUACAAGAGAAGGGAAGUGUAAUAAGGCAAAUCCCAAAAAGAAACAGAUUAAUCAAUCAGAUUGAUUUCUUCACAUAGAAGAAGAGGUAGAAAGCAGAAGAUAGAGACGUCCAUGAAUGAUCAAAAGGUGCCAGGAGAGAAGAGAUAUAUCUGAGAAAAAGACUGGACCCUCCUCCUGUUGCCAUUUGGAUAUACUUUUGACAAGAAAGCUUUGAUCUUUUGUCUCUCUGUGCUCCCCUUUCUCCUUCCCUCAGCUGUGUGUCUGGCUCCAAGUGAAAUUCCAAGGCAAAACCGAGUUUCCUGUUGGAGAAUGGUCUGAAAGAGGUUUUGCAUGGCGAACCAUAGAGUUGGAGAGACUGGUUUAUCGGAUUCAGGACCUUCAAGCCACCACUACCACCACCAUGUCCCUUAUGCUGUUCUACAUGGAAUGAAUGCCCCUACCAGUUUCAUCAAUCAAGAAGGACCUACUUUUGAUUUUGGAGAGCUAGAAGAGGCAAUUGUUUUUCCAGGAGUUAAGAUUAAAAAUGAUGAAGCCAAAGCAAAUUUAUUUACAGCAGGCAGACCUGCAGCUACUCUGGAGAUGUUUCCUUCUUGGCCAAUGAGAUUUCAGCAAACCCCAGGAGAAAGUUCAAAGUCAGGAGGCGAGAGCUCCGAUUCUGGGUCAGCAUUGAACACUCUCUCAAGCAAACCUGAGGCUUAUCAGCUUGAAGCUGAAUCCCCCAUUAGUAAAAAGGCUUCUUCUUCUUCUUCAGAUUACCACCUUCACCACCAGCUCCUCCAGCAGCUGCCGCAGCAACAAGAAAUGGCAAGUGAUGCCUCAAGAACAGGAACAUCACAGGAUCAAUCAGCUUCCAAACCAACCCAUGAAAAGAGAAGGAAUUCAUCUUCUGAUAAACAAACCGAUGCUAAGACACUACGACGUUUGGCUCAAAACCGAGAAGCUGCACGGAAAAGCCGCCUGAGGAAGAAGGCUUAUGUCCAGCAGCUGGAAACUGGCAGAAUUAAGCUAGCUCAGCUAGAACAAGAGCUCCAAAGAGCCAGAUCCCAGGGACUUUUCAUGGGAGGAUGUGGUGGUGCUGUUGGAAAUAUCAGCCCUGGGGCUGCAAUAUUUGACAUGGAGUAUUCAAGGUGGUUAGAGGAUGAUCAGCGGCACAUGUCGGAACUGAGGACAGGGCUGCAAGCACAUCUACCGGACAAUGAUCUCAGGGUGAUUGUGGACAGCCACAUCGCACAUUAUGAUGAAAUUUACCGGCUCAAGGGAAUGGCUGCUAAGUGUGAUGUGUUUCACCUCAUAAAUGGUAUGUGGACUACUCCGGUAGAGCGCUGCUUCCUCUGGAUGGCUGGUUUUAGGCCCUCUGAACUCAUCAAGAUCCUGAUAUCACAAUUAGACCCCUUAACAGAGCAACAAUUGAUGGGGAUAUACAGCCUGCAACAUUCCUCGCAACAGGCAGAGGAGGCACUCUCUCAGGGCCUAGAACAGCUCUAUCAGUCUCUAAUUGACACCAUUGCUGGUGCAGCUGUCAUUGAAGGAAUGCAACAGAUGGUUGUUGCUUUGGAGAAACUUGCCCAUCUAGAAGGCUUCGUUCGCCAGGCUGAUAAUUUGAGACAACAAACCCUUCACCAACUGUGCCGGUUAUUGACCGUUAGACAGGCAGCACGGUGCUUUUUGGUGAUCGGAGAGUAUUAUGGGCGGCUACGAGCACUAAGUUCACUAUGGACAUCCCGUCCACGCGAGUAAGAUCUUUGACAAACAUCAUCCCUGUUACUUUCAACGUCACAUAAACUUUGGGCCAAGUUGGAAUCCUAAUGAAAGUACUGUUGAUCUUUAUUUCUGUAGCACUUUGUAGGCGUUGUCAUUUUCAUAACUUCUUUUCUCUUUUCAACCGAAAAUCGCUAAAGAAAACAUACAUGAUACAACCUUUUGUUCUUUUCCCCCACUUUCUAAAGGCACUAACGACUAAAGUUGUUAAUGUCAGAUGUUUACUGUAUGAAUUCUUGGUCUUCUUCUUUUUUAAUUUUUAUUUUUUUUAAAUAUGUUAUUUUAAUAUCAUCUUGGGAAAUUUUAUCAGGGCCAUGAUGAGUGAUGAUAAUUCAUGCCAGACGACUACGGAUUUGCAGAUGGUUCAUCCAUCACAGAAUCACUUCUCAAACUUCUGAUAAAGAUCUAGGCAGCUACUGAUGUCUAAAUUUUCAGGAUAUGAUACACAACCCUUGUUCUGGAUUUAAUAUCUUUCAAGCUACUUUAGGGAUAGGUUCUUUCUUUUUAUAUAUCUUUUUCAUUUUUGUUUCUUUUUAUUAAGCUAUCCUGUAAAUGUAUGUCAAUUUGAACUUGGAAGAGGAAGCUUCUACUUCCUAUGGGAAAUUUGAAGUAU